GUGAAGAUUUUGUGAUUGCUUUAAAAAACUACUUGUUAAUUUUUAACUAAUCUUAAUUGUUUAUUGCUAAACAUCAUGAAACCUUUAAUGUUACAAGGACAUGAACGUCCCAUAACAAAAAUCAAAUAUAAUAGAGAGGGAGAUUUAUUAUUUUCAUCUAGUAAAGAUAAAAAUCCAAAUGUCUGGUAUUCUUUAAAUGGAGAACGUCUUGGAACUUUUAAUGGGCACAUGGGUUCUGUCUGGUGUAUUGAUGUUAAUUGGGAUACAACAAGAUUUCUAUCUGGUAGUGGUGACAAUACACUACGAAUUUGGGAUUGUCAGACUGGAAAAGAAAUAGGUCUACUUAAGGCAAAGAGUUCAGUUAGAACAUGUAGCUUUAGUUAUUCAGGAAAUCUUGCUGUUUAUUCCACGGAUAAAACUUUUGGACAUCAGUGUGAAAUGUUUAUCAUAGAUGCUAAGAAUAUUGAUGUUGGAUUUUCACAAGGGGAUGUAAUUUCUAAAAUUGCUAUAGGUGGCCCCAGAAUCUCUGCUAUUUUGUGGGGAGCAUUAGAUGAAACAGUUAUUACUGGACACGAAGAUGGUGAAAUCAUAAUUUGGGAUGUUAAAACAAGACAAAAAUUGAAAAGUGCCAAAUGUCACAAAUCACAAAUAAAUGACAUGCAGUUCAAUAAAGAUGGCACUAUGUUUGUUACUGCAUCAAAAGAUAAUACUGCCAAAUUGUUUGAUAGUGACUCAUUGACAUUAUUAAAAACAUAUAAAACAGAAAGGCCUGUUAAUUCUGCUACAAUUUCUCCUACAUUUGAUCAUGUGGUUCUUGGAGGAGGUCAAGAUGCUAUGGAUGUCACAACAACAUCCACUCGUCAAGGAAAAUUCGAUUCCCGAUUUUUUCACUUAGUAUUUGAAGAAGAAUUUGCACGUUUGAAAGGUCACUUUGGUCCAAUUAACUCCCUAGCAUUUCAUCCUAAUGGUCGUAGCUUUUCAACAGGUGGAGAAGAUGGUUAUGUUCGUAUUAAUACAUUUGACCAAUCUUAUUUUGAUUUCCAUUUUGAAUAUUAAUUUUAUAAAA